AUGAUAAGCCUCACAACCACGUCUGUGUACAUAGUUGUGUGGUUAUUAUUCCAACAAUGGUUUAUAUCGGUUGUGCAUUGUGCACCUUACGAAGCAUAUCCUGUGAGUAAACAAUUACCUCCUGUUGCUAGAGUUAACGAAGAAUUCGCCUUCGUGAUAUCUAACGAUACUUAUAAAUCAAGUGUGGAUAAAACUGCACAAAUCACAUAUAACGCUUAUGAUCUACCAACUUGGUUAACAUUUGAUUCGAAUUCACGUACUUUUUCAGGUACUCCGCCAUCCUCAUUUGUCGAGGAUGUCACUAAUAACAUUCAAUAUUUCAAUUUUAUUCUACAGGGGACAGACACUUCAGAUAAUUCCUCGUUAAACGAAACCUAUACCCUGGUGGCUACUUUAACCUCGAGUAUAUCGGUAGCUAGUAAUUUCAAUUUAUUAGCCCUAUUGAAAAAUUACGGUAAUACAAAUGGUAAAGAUGCUUUAAUAUUGACACCAAAUGAAAUCUUUAACGUUACUUUCGAUAGAUCAUCAUUCACAAAUGACGGAUCGAUUACAUCGUUUUAUGGUCGUUCUGCGGAGUAUAAUGCACCAUUACCAAGUUGGUUGUUCUUUGAUUCUAAUACUUUAAAAUUUAGUGGUACCGCCCCAACGGUUAAUUCAGCAAUUGCUCCAGAGGCAUUCUUUCAAUUUACUUUGAUUGCAACAGAUAUUAAUGGGUAUAUGGGUGUUCAAAUUCCGUUCCAAUUAGUCAUUGGUGCUCAUCAGUUAACGACAUCUGUUCAAAACACAAUUCUUAUCAAUGUCACUGAUUCUGGGUCUUUCAGUUAUGCGUUACCCUUGAAUUAUGUAUAUUUUGAUAAUAAUGUCAUCACAUCUACCAAUUUGAAAAGUAUCGUUUUACAAGAUAAUAGUCCAUCAUGGGUGACUCUAAAUAAUGAUACUUUGACGGGUAGCUUAGAUAAUCAAACAAGAGGUGGUACUUUUUCAGUUGCAAUUUACGAUGAUUACGGAGAUGUUGUUUAUUUAAAUUUCGAAGUUUUAUCAACAAAAGAUUUAUUUGCUACAAACUCCCUACCAAAUAUCAAUGCCACUCGUGGUGAAUACUUCCAAUAUAGUUUCUUACCUUCCCAAUUCACUUCUUAUGAUAAUACUACAGUUUCGAUAAUCUAUCCAAAUACAUCUCAGUCCCAUGAUUGGUUGAAUUUUCAAUCAUCAAACUUGACAUUGUAUGGUAACGUUCCAAAUAGUUUUCAAUCUUUGAAUAUAGGUGUUAAAGCGGAAUACGAAGCACAGUCUCAAGAGUUGGACUUCCAAAUAAUAGGGAUGUCUAAAAUUUUACAAAAUUCCACACAUCAUAAUUAUACUAAUACUACUACAACUUCAUUUUCUUCAUCUUCUACCUCAAGUAUUUCUAAAAGUUCAUCUACCUCACACAGUAUAACAUCUUCCAUAACAUCUACGUCAGCUACAAAUAGUGCUACGUCAGCUCCAGUUACAACCCAACAUAAAACGCAUUCGAGCAAUAAAAAGACUGUUGCAAUUGCAUGUGGUGUUGUAAUCCCUGUAGUUGUGGUUGGUUCCUUUAUCAUUCUUCUAUUAAUCUUGUGGAGACGUAGAAGAUCGAAUGGUAAGGAUGUAGAAAACUCUAGUAAUGAUGUUGAAAAAUCUACAGGUCCAUCAGGAGGAUCAGAUACAAAAUCACCAGAUACCAUAACUGCUAUGCAUAAUCCUUUUGUUGGUGAUGAUGAAGAGUCGCAAUCUGGUUCGGAUUUUUCAACUAUAAGAGAAGAAAAAAUGGGUCAUCACCCAUCAAACGAAUUAUCUUCAAGCGAAAAUGUCUUUUCAGAUGUAUUUGAGUCACAAAGCAGAGAAAAUCUGUUGUCAAAUAAUCAAAACACGACAAGCAAUAAGAAAUCUGCAUUUUUCAAUCCGUAUGAUAGAACAUCAUCAUUUUAUAUGGACGCUGAGCCUGCAAACACAAAAUCAUGGAGAUAUAAUUCUACUGGUGUUGGAGGUGAUAACAGGCAAAGUACACUAUCACUGAAUACAGUCACCACAGCAGAUUUGUUCAAUACAGAGAUCAAAGAGGAUGAACCAAUGAAGAAAGAUCCAAGAAAAUCCUCAUUGGGUCUAAGAGAUUCAGUUUUUGGUACAACUGUUCCGGUAGUUACAAAUAGAAAUACGCUAUCCCCUUUGACUGAGCAUAUUUAUAGUAAAGAUGCUUCUGAUACAGUAACAGGUACACAUACUUCCAAAUUAUCUAGUGCUGGAUCAAAUUCUUCUAAUGAUGAUUUCAUACCGAUGAAAAAUGGAGAUGAUUACAAAUGGGUUCAUAGUAACGAACCAAAUAGGAGACCCAGUAAAAAAAGAUUCGUUAACCUUACAAGUGAAGGUAAGAUUAACGUCGGUCAAGCAAAUAGUAUUGAAGGACAGGAACCUGAGAUGAUUUGA